AUGACCCAGCCUCCGCCUGACCAGGCCCCAGCCAGGAAGCACGUACGGCUGCAGGAGAGGCGUGGCUCCAAUGUGGCCCUGAUGCUGGAUGUCCGGUCCCUGGGGGCCGUGGAGCCCAUUUGCUCCGUGCGCACGCCCCAGGAGGUCACGCUGCACUUCCUGCGCUCCGCCGGACGCCCCCUCAGCCGGCAGGUCCUGCAGCACCGGCCGCCCAGCCCCACGCAGCUGGAAGAGGAAUUCCUGAGGAUCCCCUCAAACUUCGUCAGCCCCGAAGACCUGGAUAUUCCUGGCCAUGCCUCCAAGGACCGAUAUAAGACCAUCUUGCCAAACCCCCAGAGCCGAGUCUGUCUGGGUCGGGCACAGAGCCAGGAGGACGGGGAUUACAUCAACGCCAACUACAUUCGGGGCUACGGCGGGCAGGACAAGGCCUACAUCGCCACCCAGGGCCCCAUGCCCAACACAGUGUCGGACUUCUGGGAGAUGGUGUGGCAGGAAGAGGUGCCCCUCAUCAUCAUGCUUACGCAGCUCCGAGAGGGCAAGGAGAAGUGCGUCCACUACUGGCCCACCGAGGAGGAGACCUACGGGCCCUUCCGCGUCCGUGUCCAGGACGUGCGGGAGCGCCCAGAGUACACCGUGCGGACGCUGACCAUCCAGCACCAGGAGCAGCGCCGGGCCCUGAAGCACAUCCUCUUCUCGGCCUGGCCCGACCACCAGACCCCAGAAUCGGCGGGGCCCCUGCUGCGCCUGGUGGCCGAGGUGGAGGACAGCCCGGAGGUCGCUGCCCACCCUGGGCCCAUCGUGGUCCAUUGCAGCGCAGGGAUCGGCCGGACUGGCUGCUUCAUCGCCACCCGCAUCGGCUGCCAACAGCUGAAGGCCCGAGGGGAGGUGGACAUCCUGGGCAUUGUGUGCCAGCUGCGGCUGGACAGGGGAGGCAUGAUCCAGACGGCAGAGCAGUACCAGUUCCUGCACCACACCCUGGCCUUGUUCGCCGCCCAGCUGCCGGAGGAGCCCAGCCCCUGA